AUGGCUCCCCAAAAACGAGCCAAGAGGCCUGGGUUGUUGUCCACUGGCCGGCCUCCAAUCGCCAAAUCCAAAGAUGCCGCUCUUUCAGCUAAAGCAACGCGAACUUUGAUUCGUUCUCAUCACAGACUACUCAAAUCCAAGGCCCAAGCUCUCAAGGCCGGCGAUCAAGCCCGAGUGAGCAGUAUUGAAGCUCAAAUACAGGCCAAUGGUGGCCUGGAGAGCUACCAAGUCGCCAGUAAGCUGGGCCAAUCCAUGGACCGAGGCGGCGACUCCAGCAAAGUGCUCAUCGAUUGGAUCAAGCCAGAGUUGAAACAAUUCAACAAGGAAAUGCCGAAACUCCGAGUCCUUGAAGUAGGAGCUUUGAGCACGAAAAAUGCUUGCUCCAUGAACGCUGCUUUGGAAGUAACGCGCAUCGAUCUCAACUCGCAGGAGCCUGGGAUUCUCAAACAGGAUUUCAUGGAGCGGCCUUUGCCCUCUACCGAUGAUGAGAAGUUCAACAUGAUCAGCUUGUCAUUGGUGCUCAAUUAUGUCCCCGAUGCCACGGGGCGAGGAGAAAUGCUCAAGCGAUGCGUCCAAUUCCUGACUUCAAAAUCCGCCUUUGAUUUUGCGCCUCGUCUUUUCUUAGUGCUGCCAAUUGCAUGCGUGGAUAAUUCACGUUACCUCAACGAACAAAGGCUAGGGGAGAUCAUGAACUGUCUGGGUUUCCGUCUCACUGAAAGUAAACGGACCUCGAAACUGGUGUUCCACCUGUGGGAGCAUACUGGUGACUACGCGCCAAAGCCAUUCAAGAAGGAAGAACUGAGGUCUGGCAAGACGAGAAACAACUUUGCGGUCAUCCUCAACAAAAAGUGA